GGCAGGAAAAGUAAAUUCCAUCCUGCAAAUCGCUCUAACUGAUUCAUUUGUCCUCUGAGAGACGCCACCUACCUGCUCCCAGGUAUUCAGCCACCUGUACACCGAAGUUGAGACUGGUCACAGCUCAGGCGGCCCUAGAAGCUUCUACCACAAGAAAUGAAAACUGGCUGGCGGCUGCUGCUACUUUAAAAGCCCCAAACACCUUUGAACAGGUUUUUCUCUUGGGUGGCCCUUGGAAUAUCUUGACCUGUUCCUGAGGAAAUACUGCUUUCCUGAUCCCCACUCAGUCAUGAACCAACUAGACCUCGCUGAUGAACCAGAUCCCAGCCUUGAGCCCUUGUGCACGGUGUGCGGCCAAAACCACUCCCCAGAAGAAAACCACUUCUACACCUACACGGAAGACGUGGACGACGACCUCAUCUGCCACAUCUGCCUGCAGGCAUUGCUGGACCCUCUGGACACUCCGUGCGGGCACACCUACUGUACCCUGUGUCUCACCAACUUCCUGGUGGAGAAAGACUUCUGCCCGGUGGAUCGCAAGCCUGUGGUUCUGCAGCACUGCAAGAAGUCCAGCAUCCUGGUCAACAAGCUUCUUAACAAGCUCUUGGUCACCUGCCCGUUCCCAGAGCACUGCACCGAGGUGCUACAGCGAUGUGAUCUCCAGCAUCAUUUCCAGACAAGCUGCAAAGGUGCCUCCCACUACGGCUUGACCAAGGACCGGAAAAGGCGCUCGCAAGAUGGCUGCACCGAUGGCUGUGCCAGCCUCACAGCAAUGCCACUCUCCCCAGAAGUUUCUGCAGCCGCCACCAUCUCCUUAAUGACCGACGAGCCUGGCCUAGACAACCCUGCCUACGUGUCCACAGUAGAGGAUGGUGAGCCAGUAACCAACCCCUCAGACUCUGGCCGGAGCAACCGAACCAGGGCACGGCCCUUCGAGCGCUCCACUAUGAGAAGCCGAUCUUUCAAAAAGAUUAACAGAGCUCUGAGUGUUCUUCGAAGGACAAAGAGCGGGAGUACCGUUGCCAGCCACGCUGACCAGGGCAGGGAGAACUCUGAGAAUGCCACUGUCCCUGAAGUCUUCCCAAGGUUGUACCACCUGAUUCCAGAUGGGGAAAUUACAAGCAUCAAAAUCAAUAGAGUGGAUCCCAAUGAAAGCCUCUCCAUUCGGCUUGUGGGAGGCAGUGAAACCCCGUUGGUCCACAUCAUCAUCCAGCAUAUUUACCGUGAUGGAGUGAUUGCCAGAGAUGGACGGCUGCUGCCAGGAGACAUCAUUCUCAAGGUUAAUGGAAUGGACAUCAGCAACGUGCCUCAUAACUAUGCCCUGAGGCUCCUACGGCAGCCCUGCCAAGUGCUGCGGCUCACAGUGCUUCGUGAGCAGAAGUUCCGUAGCAGAGGCAAUGGACAGGCGCUGGACUCCUAUGGACCUCGGGAUGACAGUUUCCAUGUAAUCCUCCACAAAAGCAGCCCCGAGGAGCAGCUCGGCAUAAAGCUGGUGCGCAGGGUGGAUGAACCUGGGGUAUUCAUCUUCAACGUGCUGAAUGGUGGUGUCGCCGACCGACACGGCCAGCUAGAGGAGAAUGAUCGUGUGCUGGCCAUCAAUGGACAUGACCUUCGAUUUGGCAACCCAGAAAGUGCAGCUCAUCUGAUUCAGGCCAGUGAAGGACGUGUUCAUCUCGUCGUGUCCCGCCAGGUUCGACAGCCCAGCCCAGACAUCUUCCAAGAAGCUGGCCGGAUCAGCAACGGCCGGUGGUCGCCAGGCCCAGGGGAGAGGACCAUGGCUUCUAAGCCCCUCCAGCCUGCAGCCACUUGUCACGAGAAGGUUGUUAGUGUCCGCAAAGACCCCAGCGAAUCUCUCGGCAUGACCGUUGGAGGGGGAGCGUCCCACGGGGAAUGGGACUUGCCUAUCUAUGUCAUCAGUGUUGAGCCCGGAGGAGUCAUAAGCAGAGAUGGAAGAAUAAAAACAGGUGACAUUUUAUUGAAUGUGAAUGGGAUUGAGCUCACAGAGGUCAGCCGGACAGAGGCCGUUGCCAUAUUGAAGAGCACAUCUUCCUCAGUGGUACUCAAAGCCUUGGAAGUCAAGGAACAGGAGCCCCAGGAAGACUGCAGCCCAGCAGCCCUGGACUCCAACCACAACGUGACCCCGCCUGGUGACUGGUCCCCAUCCUGGGUCAUGUGGCUGGAAUUACCACAGUACUUAUCUAACUGUAAAGACGUGACACUCCGGAGGAACACAGCAGGAAGUCUGGGCUUCUGCAUUGUAGGAGGUUAUGAAGAAUACAAUGGGAACAAACCUUUUUUUAUCAAGUCCAUUGUUGAAGGAACACCAGCAUACAACGAUGGAAGAAUUAGAUGUGGUGACAUUCUUCUCGCUGUCAACGGCAGGAGUACGUCUGGCAUGAUACACGCUUGCUUGGCAAGGAUGCUCAAGGAACUGAAAGGGAGAAUUACUCUCACUAUUGCUUCCUGGCCUGGGACUUUUUUAUAAAAUCAAUGAUGGAUCUUCAAAAGCAGAAAAAAGAUCAGAUAGGCUAGGUAAAACUGUAUUUAUCUUGUCAAUUUUUAUAUUUAAAGAAUAUAUUGUAAAAAAUGCCAGGAAAAGUAUGAUAUUGUGAAAAGAAGCUACACCUCAGAGAAUGUUUUCAAAAAUAAAAACUGGUAAGUUUUUAUUUAGUGUGGAGGAUUUCUCAUCACUCCAAACCUUUAAGUUUAUAUUUUUCUAUUCAAUAAAAAGCCCAUAAAAAAAUCUAAAAUGGUUUGUAUGACACAAUUCAAAUCAAGUAAAAAUAUGGUGUACGUGGAGUUCAAGAAAGUACAAUACGGGCAUUGAAAUUUAAAAUGAGAAAUAAAUCUUUUCUAAAUGAUA